UCUCAGGCACACCUGCUGAAAAGAUCGUUGAUCAGUGCCGGUAUUAUACCCUCUCCCUCUCUCAGCGCCGGACCUCUCGUCACCAUAGAACCACGAUUCUCCUAAGCUGCUCCUCGUCUUCUAGACAUGAGGAGGUGAGACUUGCACAUCUCAGCAGAUUUCCUUUUGUCUUCUUUGAAUGUAUUGUAACAGCUCAGGAUCUGAAGAGCAAGUUGCAAGUUGUGGAGCAUAAAUAAAGAGACGGAUUGAAGCAAGUGACGAGCAAGGCAAAGGGUGAGUAAAACACCGGAGGAGGGGGAGGAAACUUGAAGAGAGUAAAAAAGACAGAAGGCAGCGAGAGCAGAAGAUCUCUGUGGAGCUGAAGGAAAAGACCUCCUUGGAAGAAAAGGAGAAGAUGUCUGUGGAGGAAAAGGUGAAGAUGUCUGUGGAGCCGAAGGAGAAACAAUCUGUGGAGCUGAAGGAGAAAACAUCGGUGGAGGUGACGGGGAAAACAUCUGUGGAGCCGAAGGAGAAAACACUUGUGGAGGUGAAGGAGAAGAUAUCGGCGGGCGUGACGGAGAAAGUGUCUGUGGAGGCGAGGGAGAAGACGGAGGUGCGCCUGGUGUUCCUCGGCGCGGCCGGCGUGGGCAAGACGGCGCUCAUCCAGCGCUACCUGCGGGACACCUUCGAGCCCAAGCACCGCCGCACCGUGGAGGAGAUGCACUGCCGCCAGUACCAGGUGGGCGGAGCCACUGUCACCGUGGAGAUCCUGGACACCAGCGGCAGCUACUCCUUCCCCGCCAUGCGCCGGCUCUCCAUCCAGCACAGCGACGCCUUCGCGCUGGUCUACGCCGUGGACGACCCCGAGUCCCUGGAGGUGGUGAAGCGGCUGCAGGCGGAGAUCCUGGCCGUGAAGGAGGACAGGUUCACGCCCAUCGUGGUGGUGGGCAACAAGAUCGACCGGCGCGGCGAGCGCCGGGUGUCCAGCGAGGACGCGCUGGCCACCGUGGAGCUCAACUGGAACCACAGCAUGCUGGAGGCGUCGGCCAAGGACGACGCCAACGUGGUGGAGGUGUUCCGGGAGCUGCUGCAGCACGCCCGCCUGCCCAGCCGGCUGAGCCCCGUGCACCACAGACGCCGCCGCGAGACCUUCCCCAAGGGCGUCGGCGAUCGCCCCCCCAAGGGCACCGCCCACAACUGCAGCGUCUCCUAAAGGUUUCGGUGGCGCUGGGUCGGCCGUUGGUGGUGGUGGUGGUAGGCACCGACGAGCUGGGUGGGUGACGACACUUAUAUUAGAGGAAGGGGAACUUUGUUUUAUGAACCUGGAAGUUCUUGACUUCUGGAUUCAUAAGAGAGGCAGACUGGUCGAGAGAAGGGAAGAAGGAAGACGGGGAAUGAGGAGGGAGAAAGAGGGUGAAAUAGGGAAUGAAAAUAAUAAGGAAAAUUAGAAGUAGAAAGAGACAAAGAAAGAAUGGAACAAAUAGCCAAUGUUCCAGGCUUGCAACUGCGGGCUCCUGUGAUGGACACGGUUCCAAGUUUUGAAUGUACUACAUGUACUACAAUAUGCCUCACUCCUCUGUCCCCCAACUCCUUACGCACCCCAUUGUUACAUCCCUCGAGAGAAGGUACUGAGCAAAGGGAGGAAGUCAUACAGAUGAGAACUGAGGCUGGGGAAGUCACAGGCAGCGAUAACGGUACGUUACGCAACGGUAAAGCCAUUUGAGAAGGCACGAAAGAUUGAAACAAGCAGGUGUGGUGAACACGUUUUCUCUCUGUGUCCUUGCUGGAACAGGUCACUGAUUCCUGUGUGGGCAGUGUUGUAUUCUGUUAAGAGUUAAAUAUGUUGUUUUUGUACCAUGUGAAAGAUAUCUUUGAAAGGGCUUUGCAUGUAUUGUGUACGUUUUGUUGAAUAUGCAUUUUUAUCCGUUUCUAAGUUAGAGCAGCCAGUGUAUUUGUUUGUUAUAUUCUAUCUAUUCUAUCUUCUGUCUUUUUUUAAUGCAUAAAAAAAGAAAGGUGCCACAUAGAAUGCAUGAUGGCCACACAGCAAUCAUGGUUUGAACCGUGUAAUGCAUCAUGAAGUUAUGCUACCGCACAGUGUUGUUUUUUAUUGUAGUUUAACUUCCCAUAAACAUCCUAUUUGGGUUGUGUUGUACAAGUGCAGAUAGGUUCGAUAUUCAUUCACAUAGUUUUGAUGGCCAUUCCACCACUGCGUGUGUACUAGUAUAUCUCACAUCUUCUACAUUAAUUAAAAAACUAUUUAACACUAAUUUACACAAAGAGGUGACCAUCACAAAUUCUGUCUGGGAUUAAUAAAGUACAAUCUUAUAUCUUA